GCGCGUCUGCGAUCUUUUCAUGCCGAGCAACUGUCAUGAAUACAACGCUCCGUGUUCCAUACGUCUUUCGCUUGUGUUCUGUGAGUCUCCUGCGGAAAUAAGUAUUAGAGUGCCGAAAACAACGUGUGGUCGUCAGGACAUAUUUACGAUAUGUAUCCAUGAUACAUUGUUACGGAGUAUUUUCCUCUCUUUUCGACACAUUCAGCUAAAGUGACCAGACGUCCCGGUUUUUCAUCCUUUGUGCCGAAUUUUUUCGAGUGCUAUUCGAGACACCGAUUUGUCAUCAUUUUCAAUGAUUGUUAAAUAAUUUUCGGAUAUUUUUAUCCCCCUCCCCCCGCUUCACAUAUUUAUGAAGUGUCCCGAAUUCAGGGCUGGGAAAUCUGGUCACCUUAUCUAACUAUCUUCUCGAGAUAAAAUACAACCAAUGAAAUGGCUCUGUAUUAAACAAGUAAUUGGAAGUGUCUUAGAAGAAAAACAAGAGAGAGAAUUACAACACGUAGUAAACAAUAAUAUUAUACAGUAAAAAGGUGAUACAAAACAAAGCUUGUGAAAGUUGAACUAAUUAUAUUAUGUGGAACAAAUAUAAACUAAAGAUUGAGUUCCGGUCUAACCGCCGUUACAUUGAGACGUAUUCGAAGACGUUUGGACAUAAUUUUUUUGGAAUUCGUACCUCGGUUCAUUGGAUGAAAGGAUAGAGAAGGAAUAGAGAUAAGUCUGAGUCCAAGUAAAAUAAUAAGAGACAAGACUAAAUUAAAGAUUCAAGUUAGGUUAUUCAAGUUAUUUAUGGUAAACAUUUCUCAAAUCAAAGAUUUGUAGCCCUAAAAGUAUUCUAUGAUUAGCAAAAUGAGUAGUGAAACUCAAAUUGCAAAUAUUAUAAGUGAUAUUUUAAAAGUAGAAGCAAUAGAGGAAGCAUUUAGCUGUGUCUUAGUUCAUCAUGCUAACAAUAAAAAUGAAAAAAUAACAAUAUGGCAAAAUGAGCUAAAAGCAGCUAUGAGUGGAUUGACAAAGGAACAGCAAGAAGCAGCUGUUCGUCAAUUCUUGUCAAUGGCAGCAGUUAUGACUAAUCAUAAACGAUUGCAAUUGUUGUUGUCAUUGCUAGAAAAUUUAGUGCAGACAAAUGUUCUACCUGCCAGAUUAGUAUGUGAGUGUAUUUUAAGUUGUGACAAAUUGCAGUACCAACUGGAAGAUUUUUGGGUUGAAUGUUUUACUGUACUCCGACGUAUCAUUGGUGGUGUUGAUUAUAAAGGUGUUAGGGAAAUAAUGAAAGCAUGUAAAGAAAAGGCGCAAACUAUACCAGCUCGAUUAGAUGCAUCGGUACAACCACAACUGAAAGCUUUGGAGAAUAUCCUUGAGCAUAUUUUUGAUAGAAAUUCGUGUCUACUGCCAAGUUAUUUUAUUGUCAAUGAGAUACAGAAAGCCUAUCCUGACAACAAGAACUGGCCUCAUUGGAAAUUGGCGAAACUUCUCUCCAGUUUUGUUGAAGGUUUUCGAAAUACAGCUCAAAUGGUAUCUAUAGUUGGUCACUCUAAGAUGUUGCCUGUGGUUGAACACACAGGAUAUGCCGAUCAUUUAAUCAACCCAUGGUUAUUGGAUCCUACCACGCUGAAGUUCUCCUUGAAAGGAAACUUGCCUUAUGAUCCGGACUUACUUAAACCUCAAACUGAACUGCUUAGAUAUGUUCUUGAACAACCAUAUAGUAGAGAUAUGGUUUGUUCGAUGCUUGGUUUACAAAAGCAGCAUAAGCAACGAUGUAUCGUUUUGGAGGAACAGCUUGUGGAACUCGUUAUACUUGCGAUGGAACGAUCCGAAAAUGAGACUUUGCCGGCUGAGGGAACAGACGGUACAGUGGCCAAUCAUUGGGUGUGGUUGCACUUGUCCUCGCAACUCAUCUACUUUGUUCUCUUUCAAUUUGCCUGCUUCCCAAGCAUCGUCAUGGCAAUACACGAUAAGUUGGCCGGUAGAGAACUGAGGAAGGGAAGAGAUCAUUUGAUGUGGGUUCUCCUACAGUUCAUCUCUGGUAGUAUUCAAAGGAAUCCAUUGUCGAAUUUCUUACCGGUGUUGAAGUUGUACGAUCUCCUUUACCCGGAGAAGGAACCUUUACCUGUCCCAGACUACAGUCAGGCGCUGUGCACUCAUCAGAUGGCUAUCACGUGCAUAUGGAUUCAUUUACUGAAGAAAGCUCAAUCGGAACACUCCAACAUUCAUCGACCCAUACCACACACACUGAAAGUCCAUCACGAGUUUUUGCAACAUUUAGUAAUGCCAAAUACUUCUCUAUGCAUGGGUUCAGAUUAUCGUAUAGCACUGUUAUGCAACGCCUACUCGACGAAUCAAGAAUACUUCAGUAGACCUAUGGCUGCUUUGGUGGAUACUAUUCUAGGUACACAAAAGGGUCAACAACAGCAACCUUUGCAGACUUUGCAAAAUAAUGCGGCGUUAGCGAAUGGUCCGACCACACCAUUGUCGAUGUCUAUCCUGGAUUCAUUAACUGUACAUUCAAAAAUGAGUCUAAUUCACAGUAUCGUCACGCAUGUGAUCAAGUUAGCGCAAUCCAAGAGUAACAUGGCGUUGGCCCCGGCGUUAGUCGAGACCUACAGCCGGCUGCUAGUGUAUACAGAAAUCGAGAGUCUCGGUAUAAAGGGAUUCAUUAGCCAAUUAUUGCCGACUGUAUUCAAGUCGCAUGCCUGGGGAACGCUGUAUACACUAUUGGAGAUGUUCAGCUAUAGGAUGCAUCAUAUCCAACCGCAUUACAGAGUACAGCUGCUCUCGCAUCUUCACAGUCUGGCAGCGGUACCACAGACGAAUCAGACGCAGCUGCAUUUGUGUGUCGAAAGCACCGCUCUACGACUUAUCACUGGAUUGGGUUCAGCGGAGGUACAGCCGCAACUAUCCAGAUUCUUAUCGGAACCAAAAACUUUAGUUUCCGCAGAAUCCGAGGAGUUGAAUCGAGCAUUAGUAUUGACACUAGCUCGAUCUAUGCACGUGACAGGCACAGGCGCCGACACUCUCAGUGGCACUUGGUGCAAGGAUCUGUUGAACACCAUUAUGCAGAAUACACCACAUUCUUGGGCUUAUCAUACUCUUCAAUGUUUUCCACCUGUAUUGAGCGAGUUUUUUCAGCAGAACAGUGUGGCGAAGGAGAACAAGCAACAGAUCAAGAAAGCCGUCGAAGAAGAAUAUAGAAAUUGGGCAUCGAUGAGCAAUGAGAAUGAUAUUAUCGCUCAUUUCUCCGUGCCCGGCACGCCUCCGUUGUUCUUAUGUCUGCUGUGGAAAAUGAUACUCGAGACUGAUCGUAUAAGCCCGAUUGCGUACAAGAUCCUGGAGAGAAUCGGUGCCAGAGCGCUGUCAGCGCAUCUCAGAAAAUUCUGUGACUACUUGGUGUUCGAAUUUGCCAAUAGUGUGGGUGGUCAGCAUGUUAACAAGUGUGUCGACACCAUUAACGAUAUGAUCUGGAAGUACAAUAUAGUGACUAUCGACAGAUUGGUGUUAUGUCUCGCAUUGAGAACACAGGAGGGUAGCGAAGCUCAAGUGUGCUUCUUCAUUAUACAACUGUUACUACUAAAAUCCGCGGAAUUCAGAAAUCGCGUGCAAGAAUUCGUCAAGGAAAAUUCGCCGGAGCACUGGAAGCAAUCGAACUGGCACGAGAAGCAUCUCGCUUUCCACAGAAAGUUUCCGGAAAAGUUCGCGCCGGAAGGUAUCAUGGAGCAGACCAGUGGCGGACCCAGUCAGUAUCAAAGUUUGCCUGUAUACUUCGGCAACGUCUGUCUGCGCUUUUUACCAGUUUUCGACAUAGUGGUACACCGGUACUUGGAAAUUCCGCCUGUCAUCAAAAGUCUAGAGACGCUAUUAGAGCAUUUGGGUUGCUUAUAUAAAUUUCACGAUCGUCCCGUCACUUACCUUUACAACACAUUGCAUUAUUACGAGAGGAAAUUACGAGACCGACCGCCAUUAAAGCGUCGAUUGGUUUCCGCCGUUUUGGGCUCGUUACGAGAGAUCAGAGCACCAGGGUGGGCUCUUUCUGAGGCUUAUCAAAUGUACAUGACUCGAUCUGCGGACGAUGUGGUCACUUGGAUACCAGAAUUGGACUAUUACAUUCGUCUUGUGCGCAGGAUUGUGGAAACAAUGUCAGGUGCAGCUCACUUUCCUGCUACCGACUGGCGAUUCAAUGAGUUUCCAAAUCCAGCGGCACAUGCAUUAUAUGUCACCUGCGUGGAACUGAUGGCCGUUCCAGUUGCACCGAAUUUGGUAGCUAAUUCUUUACUGGACGUUGUCGCUAAAGGAUACACUGUUGUGCCAUCGGACGAGAUACAUUUAUGGAUAAAUUGUGUUGGUUUACUGCUGGCAGCACUGCCAGAAUGUUAUUGGUCGGCAUUACACGACCGUUUGGUGGAAACUAUUAGCAGUCCUGGUCUAGCCAAUUGGCAGUACAAUAAUUUGACACCAUUUCAAAUGUUUAAUUUUAAUACUACGCACAAUUGUCUACUAGAAAACAAAUACAGUUAUAUGCUUGCGUUGGCGCAUUCAGUUUGGCAUCAUGCAGGUGUAGGACAGAUCACAACAAUGCCUCAAUUCAUCAAGGAGAAACUUCAGCCAGUUGUAACUAGUGAAGAACAAUUGAUAUAUGCUUGUCACUUAAUUGGUCCUACUUUAGCAAGGUUCAAUGCAGAGCGGCCACAGUGUGUGGUUGAACUUGCAGUCUGCCUGUACGAGAUGUUGGAACAAGUCGAUCGUGCUCAAGCACAUUUACGUUACAUGGAUCCAGUUUGUGAUUUAUUGUAUCACAUAAAGUACAUGUUUGUCGGUGAUAUGAUGAAAAACGAAGUGGAAUGUAUCAUACGAAGAUUGAAGUUUCCAUUACAACGAAGGCUGCGUUUCAUCACUCAUCUAAAUCUAGAAGAAAUUCAUACAUCCUGAGAUACAAUUACUUCCGGCGCUAUAGAAACUACUUAAGUGCAAAACGUGACGUAUAAUUUAAUUAUACAGAUGUCAAUGCACCCACUUCGCAGAGAACAAACAUUAUUAGUUAAUUUUUGAUACGUUUCUCUCAAGAGGUUUUUGUUUUCUUGCCGCAACUAUCCUACAUUGAUAAUAUCCGAAGUGAGAAGAUAUACGUUUAAGAUUCUUGCGAAGUACCUUGAAAUAAAAAGACACGUCCAUAAAAGGACACUUUCGAUCGACUAAACGGGUUUGUAAGAUAUUUCGGAAACUUCCUCUUUAUUGCAAUGAUCAAAUAUCCGUAAAUAUCCGUAAUAUCCGUAAAAUAAACGUAAUGAAAUCAUGUGAUUAAAAAGAUCACAAUCCAAGAUGAUCGCGGUGAGGAAGCAAGAACUUCAAUUUUAACAUAGUCUCUAAAUUGAGGCAAAUAUAUAUAUAUAUAUAUAUAUAUAUAUAUAUAUAUAUAUAUAUAUAUAUGUAUGUAUGUAUGUAUGUAUAUGUGUAAAGACAAAAUGUAUGUAAGACUGUACAUAGUGUAUCGUAUUUUAAUCAUAUUCUGACUUAUUUCCUUUUGCAUAAUGACGACUAAUAGUUGUAUAGAUUUUAUAAAUAUACAUUCUAUAUAAUAACAUCUUUUGUUAUAUAACUACUGAUUUUUACGAGCCAAAUAUAAUAAAUGACUAUAUUUAA